CGCCCCGCGCGUGUUGGCACCACAUGGCUUCCGCCUCGUCUUCCUCCGGGACCCGGCACCUGCUGCAAUUUCUGCGGCUGGUGGGGCAGCUCAAGAGAGUACCACGGACUGGCUGGGUGUACAGAAAUGUGGAAAAUCCAGAAAGCGUAUCAGAUCAUAUGUACCGGAUGGCAAUUAUGGCUAUGGUGACCAAAGAUGACCAUCUUAACAAAGACCGAUGUAUACGCCUAGCCCUCGUUCAUGAUAUGGCAGAAUGCAUUGUUGGGGACAUAGCACCAGCAGAUAACAUCCCCAAAGAAGAAAAACAUAAGCGAGAAGAGGAAGCUAUGAAACAGAUAACCCAGCUCCUACCAGAAGACUUCAGAAAGGAGCUCUAUGAACUUUGGGAAGAGUACGAGACACAGUCUAGUGCAGAAGCCAAGUUUGUGAAGCAGCUGGAUCAGUGUGAGAUGAUCCUUCAGGCAUUUGAAUAUGAAAAUCUUGAGAACAAACCUGGGCAGCUGCAAGACUUCUAUGAUUCCACAGCAGGAAAAUUCAGUCAUCCUGAGAUAGUCCAGCUUGUUUCUGAACUUGAGGCACAAAGAAAUGCAGAAAUAUCUGAGGCCACCAGUGAGCCGUACUCAUGAGCUCUGUGUUUGUUGCUCCUUUCCUGUAAUACAUGUUUUGUUUUUCUGUUUCAUGAUACUGUGUUUUUGCCAUUGUUGGUC